GCAGGGCCGGCCCACAAGGCUCCUUUUCCUUUUUGAUCCAUUCAAAAAUUACUCAUUGCAAAUUCCCGGACCGCUAGGAGCCGAGAAGGAAGGGGGCGGAGGAGAGAGGGCCGCUGCCGGCGCCGCGCUGGGGGCACCCGGGGGCCCGAGCAGCUGACGGCGAGUCCGGCCCAAGCAGCCCGCGGGCCGCCCUGGCUCCGGUGGCCUCACCAGGAAGCGUCAGUCUCGACUCUGGGGAAGCUCCGAGCGCCGCCUCCGUCGCCGCCUCCCGCCCGGCGCUGGGUCCCCGAGCCCCCUUCCCUGCUCCCUCCCGGACGCUCGGGCUCGGGCGCUUUCCCCGGCGAUGGCUGGCCGCUGAGCCAUGGCUCAGUACGGCCACCCCGGCCCGCUCGGCAUGGCUGCGAGAGAGGAGCUGUACAGCAAAGUCACCCCGCGGAGAAGCCGCCAGCAGCGCCCCGGCACCAUCAAGCAUGGAUCGGCGCUGGACGUGCUGCUCUCCAUGGGCUUCCCCAGAGCCCGCGCACAAAAAGCCUUGGCAUCCACAGGAGGAAGAAGUGUUCAGGCAGCAUGUGACUGGUUGGCUGUUCUCUCAUGUCGGCGACCCCUUCCUGGAUGACCCCCUGCCCCGGGAGUACGUCCUCUACCUCCGACCCACCGGCCCCUUAGCUCAGAAGCUCUCUGACUUUUGGCAACAGUCGAAGCAGAUCUGCGGGAAGAACAAGGCCCACAACAUCUUCCCACACAUCACCCUCUGCCAGUUCUUCAUGUGUGAGGACAGCAAGGUGGACGCCCUGGGGGAAGCCCUGCAGACCACGGUCAGUCGCUGGAAGUGCAAGUUCUCAGCCCCGCUGCCCCUGGAGCUCUAUACCUCCUCCAACUUCAUCGGCCUCUUCGUGAAGGAAGACAGCGCAGAGGUCCUCAAGAAGUUUGCCGCUGACUUUGCCGCAGAGGCUGCAUCCAAAACCGAAGUCCAUGUGGAACCUCAUAAGAAGCAGCUGCACGUCACCCUGGCUUACCACUUCCAAGCGAGCCACUUACCCACCCUGGAGAAGCUAGCCCAGAACAUCGAUGUCAAACUAGGCUGCGACUGGGUGGCCACCAUAUUCUCGCGAGAUAUCCGGUUUGCGAACCAUGAGACAUUACAGGUGAUCUACCCCUACACCCCACAAAACGAUGACGAGCUCGAGCUGACCCCUGGGGACUUCAUCUUCAUGUCUCCGAUGGAGCAGACCAGCACUAGUGAGGGCUGGAUCUACGGCACGUCCCUAACCACCGGCUGCUCCGGACUCUUGCCCGAGAACUACAUUACCAAGGCGGACGAGUGCAGCACCUGGAUAUUUCACGGGUCUUACUCGAUCUUAAACACAGCAUCUUCUAACGCGCUCUCAUUCGGGGACAGUGUGUUGGAGAGGCGACAGUAUGAGGAUCAGGGCCUGGGGGAGACGGCGCCCCUGACCAUCAUUUGCCAGCCCACGCAGCCUCUGAGGGUUAAUAGCCAGCCUGGCCCUCAGAAGAGAUGCCUCUUUGUGUGUCGGCACGGUGAGAGGAUGGAUGUUGUGUUUGGGAAGUACUGGCUCUCCCAGUGCUUUGAUGCCAAAGGCCGCUACAUACGCACCAACCUGAACAUGCCUCAUAGCUUACCUCAGCGGAGUGGUGGUUUCCGGGAUUACGAGAAAGAUGCCCCGAUCACCGUGUUUGGAUGUAUGCAAGCAAGACUGGUGGGGGAAGCCUUACUGGAGAGCAACACCAUCAUCGACCACGUCUACUGCUCCCCAUCCCUGCGCUGCGUGCAGACUGCAUACAACAUCUUGAAAGGUUUACAACAAGAAAACCACCUGAAGAUCCGUGUAGAGCCUGGCUUAUUUGAGUGGACGAAAUGGGUUCCUGGGAACACCUUACCUGCGUGGAUACCUCCGUCAGAGCUAGCGGCUGCCAACCUGAGCGUGGAUACAACCUACAGACCUCACAUUCCAGUCAGCAAAUUAGUGGUUUCAGAAUCCUACGACACUUACAUUAGUAGAAGUUUCCAAGUGACAAAAGAAAUAAUAAGUGAGUGUAAAAGUAAAGGAAAUAACAUCCUGAUUGUGGCUCACGCGUCUUCCCUGGAAGCAUGUACCUGCCAGCUGCAGGGCCUGUCCCCCCAGAACUCCAAGGACUUCGUACAAAUGGUCCGAAAGAUCCCAUACUUGGGGUUUUGUUCCUGCGAAGAACUGGGAGAAACUGGGAUAUGGCAGCUGACAGACCCCCCUAUCCUCCCUCUCACCCAUGGACCAACUGGGGGCUUCAACUGGAGAGAGACCUUGCUGCAAGAAUAAAUCACGGCAGUGAACGAGAAGAGGAGGCUCUAGAAGGCCCUCGGGAGAAGCAUCUUUCCGUGUGUUGAGUGACAGUGGCCAAGUCCGUACCACCUCCUAAGUAGACAGCUCAGCGUCUUUGAGCAGAUUUCCUUUCAUGCUUUAAAGCUCUGAUGAUGAGACUGUGGGAAUGAGAAAAAGACCUGAUUCAGGGAUGGAAUUCAUUCUCUCUGGAUGCUUACCUAGCUAACAAAGCUUUCGAGAACUGUCUUCAUAAAUCAAGGCACCUGCUACAGCAGCAGAUGUGUUCUUCCUUCCUGCUGUGCGUGGCUGAGGAGCCGGAGAGCUCCUGAAGGGAGCAGUCAGCCUCCUCCAAGGAGGAAUGCAAGAGGGCAGCGUGUGUCCAGAAUCCAGCUGGAGGAGAGACACCGAGCUGCCAGUUUGGGGAUGGGAUUCUCUCGGACUCCAUGUCCAGUUAGGCAAAGCCAAGCUGAGAGAUUCUUUUUAAGGUUAUUAGAAAAAUGGCCCUGCAGAGAGUUGUUCUUAUUGCACAUCAAAUUCUCCCCUCCCUAGGACCCCCACACCCGUGCUGCUGGCUCAAGGCGCCUGCUGGACGACUCCGUCCACCCUGGUACCUACUCCCGCCGUGUUUUCUCUAGAACAACUGGCUACGGCGUUUUGCUAUGGCCCUUCCCCCUCGCUUCUGUGAAAUGGGGAGACCAAGCACUUUUGGACACUCAGGAGGAAGACAGACGUGCGACGUAUUCAAUUGUGGGAGCAAAGAACUUCCAAAAUAUAAAGCGACCUGGCAUUAUCCACGUCCCAGCAUUUCCAAAUCACCAUGAUCUGCUCAUCUUUGCCCCUAGAGUCUAGACUGUGGUGACUGGUAAAGGAUGUUGGCAUUUUGAAAGCGUGUGUGUUCGGUCCGUUACUUGAGUCAGCAAGAAGCUCAUUCCUGUGCAAUAUGGACGUCUUUACAGACCGUACCCAGGGUCAGGUCGUGUACACAGAGUACUUGUCACCAAGGGCAGCACAUCCACCCAUGCAUCAGUGACACCAGAGACCCUCAGAGAAGUCAGGGAACUAAUUUAAAGGAUGACAGUCACGAUUGCUGUGCGUGCUGUCAUUUUCUCUUUGUUUUUCUAGAACUUAACAUACCGAGGUAGGGCUACUUAAGAAAAGGUGGGCGAGCCACGUCCUGUGGUUUCUCGUCACACCUGCUUCCUGAAUUCAGAGGGAAUUUAUCUAAAAGAAAAAUAAAUGACAAUCAAACUAAGACAUCAGUUAUCGAUGUGUAUUUAAUUGUGUGACUAGCUGACUGUUGGCCGCACACGACGGUCUGGUGCGGUGUAGUUCACUAUGUAGACAAUGUGUGCAGAUGAGAUCUGAGACAUGUAGAGAAACAGUGUAGAACAAAACAGUGUAUGUUGUAGCAAAUAGUACAUAUGAAACCCAAAAACAGAUCUGUGCUCCUAUUUGAAACUGGAAAGUGAGGAUUCCUAAAAAAAGGAAGAAAGUGAAAGGAUGCUGGCUAUGUGUCUUAAUCAGCAAGAGGAUUACAGUUGGGGUUUUUUUUUAGGCCACUUAGACAAAUAUGUCAUGAAUUUUAGAUUUUAAGAAACAAACUUGAUUUUUUCUAGCAUUGCACCAACACUGAUCCAGCUACUGGGUAUAAAAAUACUCCGUGCUGAUACCAUUGAGUAAUAGAAAAUGUUUGAACCUUAAAAAUAGGGGAAAUAUUCCCAGUAGAGAUUUCUAGGAGAAAAAUCACAUUACGGCUGAUAGGAUGUCACUGCUACUCAUUCUUUCAUCUGUAAUGAAAUGAAUCUACUGUUUAAUCAGAUCCGUAAUGUUCAUUAGACUCUCCACAAAUUUUCUUGGAUGUGCAAUGGUCCGAAUAAUGCUUGAGCACCUCCCAUCUGACUUCCUUGAAGAUUGUAGCUGUGUGUUCUGGGCAGCGUCUGUACCUGGGCAGAAUAGGGCUCGGGAUAGGUUAUCCUCUCCCCCUCUUGGCUGUCUUGGUCCUGUGAUGACCUGAGAUGCCAGUUCAGCUGGGUACCGGUCCAUUGUCCUUAGCACAAUAUGGACGGAGUCUUAGGCUGUCUUCUGCAUAAGCAGGAGGCAGAGAUCUGAAAUCAUGUGGAAUAAUUGAGGUGGAAACCCCUGAAUUCAGGAGUUUAUUCUUCUGCUUUCAUUAUCUGGAUUGUUGAUCAAAAUGGUCUGAAUGAUCUGAAUUCACAUUCUAUUCUCUUUUCACAUAUUGGUAUUUUAAAAACUAAGACUCCAACGGAGAUAUUCUUUGAAAAUCAUGUUGAAUCUGUGUGUAAUAAAAAGAAUGCAGGAGUGUAUUACAUGAUUUCAUUUUCAUCCAAAAAUUCUAGGUUGACAUCACACCCUGAACUUCAGCUCGGUUCUUUUUGAGCCAAGGCUGAUGCUGAUUUAGAACUAACAUUGGGGAUGGGGAAGUCAGGGAAGGAGGGAAGGACAGAGGGACAUCAAGAGAAGAACCCAAAUGUUACUUGCAGACGGGAAAUUUUGGUUUUAUUGUAGAAAGUUGCCUGAAAUGGAGAUGAAACUAACUAAAGGCUUUGUUCUGAGAUUGAAACUCUGCAACAGUUUGCUGCUGGUACAAGAGAGUCCCAUCAAUCCGCUAAUGCCCCAGUAUUAUUCAUAGGUAGGACUUCGGUUUCGGUGAUUUUAACAUGCCACGGCUAUUCCUUGUGGAUGGGAAUAAUUGGCACAUUUUAAUGCGCAAGCUGGGGGUCUCACUUUCCCAGGCCCUCUUCUCCAUCACUGCGUCAGUAGCCGGGAGCUUAUUGCUUUACCCCAGUGUGGAGUUAGAAUACAGUGUUUUCCAUUACAUUUAGAUUCAUAGAAUCUGAAUGGCUGAUUAAAUGGCCAUCUGAUGGCUGAAAGAGGGGGGUAUUUUUCACCCUGUAGUGAGUGAAUGGCUUGGAGGAGUUUCUACUUUUUAUUUGAAUUAUACUUUAACCAAAGAAUUAUUUUAAAAUAACCUUAUAUUUAAAAGAUGAUUUUACAGAAAAUAAAAAAUUUAAAAAAAAAAUAGUAUCUCCUGGAGUGAUGUCGGUUUGGUAAAUCAUUGUGGAUAAUUUUUUUGCAUUUUAGGCUGAUGUGGUCAUUCUCCUGUCAGUGGUAUUUGGAUGCAUCUACAUUGUCCUCCAACGGCGCUUAGCAUUACCAUAAAUGUAUCUUUUCCACUCAACUAGCUGUGUUCCUAUUGAAGGAAGUCUUCUAUUUCAAUUACCUAGUGUCACUGGGAACUAAUUGAAAAGCUGCAGUAAGAGAAGUUCUGUCUCAUUGUCUUUGCAGAAAAGCGUCCCUCUGUAACAAAAAGGGAGGCAUUCCUCCGUAACCUAGGCACUCUGCAACUCCCGGGUUUAAUUUGAAAGCGGUGAUGAAUUGCUCUUUUGAAUCUACUCUGAGUAAUGCGUGUGUUCGAAUACAGAUGAACCUCCCUCAAUUUUCACAGGCAAAGUCACAACUGUACUGUGUCUGCGGGAACUCAGAUAAUGAGGCGCAAGGUUAUUUGCAUUUAAAUUGUAGUCCUGCACACGUAUGAGAACUAAGAGGCAGGAGUCUAGUCCCGCUGCCUUGCCAGCAGGGAUGAGACUGGCCUUGGAGGGUAGGGGAAAAGAGCAUUUUUAACAUCUACUUAGGUUAAUACUCACUUUACAGAGGUGACAGGAGGAGAUUUUGUUCAGUGACGGCAGAUGCUUUUCAUGUUUAAACAUAGGAUUCAAACUGGAUUUGCUUCUCUUUAACACUUCAACAUAAUGAAUUUUUCCUGGGAAAGUAACUAGCUAUAAUGAAAAUUCGAGGGAAGGGGGAAAGAAAAUGCCGCUAAAGACGGAGGAAAUAACUUGAUCUUUAAAUAUGUAUAAUAUUACGUUCAGCGUAUGUAAGUUUAAAAUUAUAGUGAGGAGUCGUCAAACUUAAUAGACAAUCAGCUCUUACAGAUGUCUUACACAGUACCACUUAGCUGCCAUUACCCACACAAAAAUCAGGAUUUUGCAGCUGUUGAACUAUUCUUGGACUAUGUGCAGGAUACACAUGUAUCAUGGGAAAUGUGUGCUGGUUCUUUCUCGGAUGGGAAUGCCAUCCCAAAGCAUUUCGGUUAUGCAUAGACCAUUCUCAACCUGCUGUUUUUAGAGGCAUAUUGGUUUCUUUCUCAUUUAUAAGGCUAUUGUAUAUUUUUUUUAUUCUUCUAUGUGAUUCAGGUGUAUUUAUUUGAAGAAAAAGGUUUGUCAUUAUAAGAAGGGAAACCACACAAAAUUGUAUCACCAAAUCCCUUGUAAACUACCUGUGGCAUCUACGCUUUCCCAGCUGUCUGCUCUUCCUCUGGAUACAGCCCCAGCACCAUUGUAACUAGAUCAUUCCAUUCCAGGAGCAUCUCCGUUUAAGUGGUUCACAGAUGAUUUAAUAAAGAGGAACUGUGUCCUCAGUCAAUCCAGAGCAAUCUCA